AUGAAACAUUACAUACGUAUAAAAUACAUAUAUGAAUAUGUAUCAUCUGGGAUUAAGUAUACCUGUAUGGUAUACUUUUAUCUACUGUAUGGUAUAUUUCAAGUUAGAGAAAAUACUUUUAUCUACAGAGUACAAAUCUUGUUUAUCGCGUCUUACAUGCUAUAUAAGACAUUUUCUUUCAAAUAAAUAGGUAUCGCAAAAACCCCGGAAAAACUUCUUGAUAGCGUCGUGUACCAUGAACAUAGUCACAUCUCGGACCUAUCAUUCUCGGAACUCGUCUUUAUGUACUUGGCGUCGCGACGCUGUCGUAUCGCUUGAUUCCUCUUAAAUAAAUGAGUAUUCUUCUUGUUUCAAAAAAACAGAAAAUUUAGAACAAUAUUUAGUAAAUAUCCGAUUAAUAGUUUAUUUUAAUAAGUGGAACACUUUUUCGGUAAAAGUUCUCGUUUACAAUACGGGAUUACAGGAAAUUGCAUCUUGCAAAUAGAAUUCCUCUUUUUGGAUGUUAGAAUAUUUUCUUUUUAGUUUUAGAAGAGAAUUUUUUUUAGACUAAUAUACAGGAUGUCUGACAAUUCAUGGCACACCCGUUACAGCUCAACAAGUUAAACAUAAAAUUCUUUUGCUAUUUCGCAAACAUGUUUCACAUGUAUACGAUAAUAUCCUAAUCUUUUUUAAUUAAUAACUAAAAUUAAUAACUAAAAUUAAUAACUAAAAUUAUAAUAACAACCAAACUUUAAUUAAUAACUAAAAAUCUACGUAGUUAUUUGCAAAAUGUUAGAUGACUUUUAUUAUUCCGUUUGAUCUAAUACAUAAGUACAUAACGGUAAACGUCAUCACAGUUCAUCUACCGUGUCGCGCGUGAUCCUUCAUUAAUUUUCUUUAAUUAAUAACUUUAAAUUUUACGUGGUUAGUUGUGAAAUGAGUUCUACUCACACAUAAACAACAAGUGUGUCAUGAAUUAUCAGACACUCUAUAUAAGAGAACUCUACGAAGAGAUUAUACAUUUUUUAAGUGUACAACCACGCAUACUAAAGAACAAGGAAAAUAAUUGUUCCCUCUCUGUGCCUGUACUAUUACAAUGACCUUGAUCUAUCAGAUCCUUUAUAUCUCUACGAUAGAAAUCCACCGUCUCUCUUUAUUGCGCGAGGUAAAAGAAAGGGAAACAUGUGCGUAAAGAGGAGGGAGACGAAAAAGGGACGCGACGGUCAAUGACGACGGCCGCGGUACAGUCGCGGCCUUUAACUCAGUUGGUCUCGAGCUGUCGAACGGAGUGCAUUACGAAAAGAGGUGUCGUUAGACAGCCGUUGCACGCUUCCCCACCUAUCCGCCAAUCCUGUCGUAGACUUUCUUAUCAGGGCAUAAAUACACUGCGACGCCUAAAAACUGCCAAGCGACGACUGCGCUCGGGAGUGUGCCGCGACACGCGCAGCCGUGCGGAUUUACGUUGCAAAUCGUCAUUGUCAUACUCGUGCACAUAAUUUUCUCUUUCCCGUGCAGUUCUCGCGUUCCGUACGAAGAGUUCGAAAUGCGCUUCGUUGCACCACGAAGUUAAGUUAGGUGCUCGGAUAAGUUAUCCUUGUCUUUCCUCGGAAAGGAAGUGCCAAUUAACGUGCAAAAAGAAAUAACGGUGUGCGUGUCACGGACUAUGUAGAAACCCGAUGCCCUUUCCUCUGGUUUCUACUUCUAUUUCCGUUUAGUGAAGAGAGGGGUUGAAAGGUAUCGUUGGACAGGAAUUCCCACGUGUUAGUCCCGUGUGUUAACCGAUCACGUCGAUCCCUGAAACGAAACGAAACGGGAUCUGAGAUUGUCGGCUAGAAUUCGAAUAAAAGCGCGAUCCCAGUGAAAUCAAGAAAAUGAAGCUCGAGGGAAAUUGCUCGACGGACAACGACGAUAGCACCAAUGGGAUCUUAUUGCAACCCAGGAAGAGCUCGGUGCGAUUGCAGAUCGUCCCGGCGCAGCCCAAGACGAUCACGCGUCUGCCGAAAAGGCCACCGGUCGACAUGGCGUUCAGCGACCUUACAUACAAAGUGCGAGAAGGCCGCAAAAACAAUGUGAAGACAAUCCUCAAAUCCGUCAGCGGCAGACUGAGAUCCAGCGAGUUGACGGCUAUUAUGGGCCCUUCUGGCGCGGGAAAGUCCACAUUGCUGAACAUCCUCACCGGAUACAAGACGUCAGGAAUGGAAGGCAUAAUCACGAUAAAUGACCACGAAAGAGACCUUAGUGCCUUCAGGAAGCUUUCCUGCUACAUCAUGCAGGAUAAUCAACUUCAUGCGAAUCUAACGGUGACAGAAGCUAUGAAGGUUGCAGCGAAUCUUAAGCUUGGUUCACACGUCAAUAAAGUGGAGAAAGAAGAAGUGAUUCAAGAAAUCCUUGAGACUCUCGGUCUGUCUGAGCACCGCUAUACAAUGACCUCGAACCUGAGUGGUGGUCAAAAGAAGAGGCUCUCCAUCGCUCUUGAGUUAGUCAACAACCCCCCUAUAAUGUUUUUCGACGAGCCGACUAGCGGCCUGGACUCCUCAUCUUGCUUCCAAUGUAUCUCGUUAUUGAAGACUCUUGCACGUGGUGGCAGAACAAUAGUCUGUACUAUUCACCAGCCGAGCGCGAGGCUUUUCGAGAUGUUCGAUUCUCUAUACACUUUAGCUGAAGGUCAAUGCGUCUACCAGGGCGUUACAUCGCAACUGGUGCCGUUCUUAAGGACAAUUGGUCUUAAUUGCCCAAGUUAUCAUAACCCGGCGUCGUUUAUCAUUGAAGUAUCAUGCGGCGAGUACGGCGACAACAUCAAGAAUUUGGUAAAUUCUAUAAACAAUGGCAAAUAUAAUAUUCGCGAGGGACAGUCGUUUCCUGAACUGAAGGAUGGAUUGAACAAUUCCACCGCUGCAACCGGUAUCCUAAAAAGCACAGACGGUAUAGAGAAGGCGAAGAUGAAAGAUAAGAACGACGUGAGUAAUCUAGAAGACAAGUAUCCGGAGAACAAGCCGACCGAUAUUAGCAAUGGGAAACUCAUAUCCGACUAUGCCACAAAUGACAUCGCUAAACAAGGUAUGAUGGACGUUGCGAUACCCGUUGACACGGAUAAGAAGGACAACGUCAACGUGGCACUGCUCGAGGAUUCUAUCGCAGUGGCGCCAGAGAGGUAUCCUACAUCCGAAUGGAUGCAAUUCUACAUCAUCCUGAGACGUGCUUUCCUCUUCAGUCGUAGAGAUUGGACUCUUAUGUGGCUACGGUUCUUCGCUCACCUUUUAGUAGCAUUUUUGAUCAGCGCAUUAUACUAUGACAUCGGAAACGAUGGCGCCAAAGUACUUAGUAAUCUGGGAUUCCUAUUCUUCAACAUGCUGUUUCUUAUGUAUACUUCCAUGACAAUCACUAUUUUAUCCUUCCCACUGGAACUGCCUGUACUCUUGAAGGAGAACUUCAACAGAUGGUACUCUUUGAAGUCGUAUUACCUCGCAAUAACCAUUUCAGACAUACCAUUCCAGACGAUAUUUUGUCUCAUAUAUCUUUCCAUCGUGUACUUCCUCACUAGUCAACCGGCAGACCUUACACGAUUCUCCAUGUUCUUGGCCAUAUGUCUACUAAUCUCUUUCGUCGCGCAAUCAGUCGGCCUCGUCGUCGGUGCCGCGAUGAACGUGCAGAACGGCGUGUUCCUGGCGCCGGUGAUGUCGGUGCCGUUCCUCCUCUUCUCAGGGUUCUUCGUCAGCUUUGACGCGAUUCCGGUCUAUCUACGAUGGAUUACUUAUGUCAGCUACAUCAGAUAUGGUUUCGAAGGAACCGCUUUGACCGUUUACGGCUUCGGUCGGCAGAAAUUGAAAUGUUCCCAGGUGUACUGCCACUUUAAAGAUCCGCAAACGACGUUGGAGGAGCUUGACAUGCUCAACGCUGACUUCACUCUCGACAUUCUCGCCCUCCUGUUGAUAUUCGUCGUGCUACGAAUCGCUGCGUAUCUCUUCCUCCGUUGGAAAAUCAAGAACGCCCGAUAGAUCGUCUAGUGGAGUGUUUUUUAAGUGCGAUGAGAAGGUUGCGUAUGAAUGUGGUAUUAUGGUGUUGCGUUCUCGAUAGAAAUAGUUACGAUAUUAGCAACGACGGACACGUAUGCAUGUAUAAUCGGUAAUCUCGAUAUGAUAGUUAUACAACGACGGGGAUUCGAGUUACAGCGUAUCGCAGCGGCAACAGAACAAAAGCUAUUUGUGCAAACAGUGGAUUUUCGUGGCAUUUCUUGGCGAGCACCCUCGCGAAAGAUUAAAUAUUUUCUGUCGAAGGGGUACUGUACGUCUCGAAUGUACCACAAAGUAUGAUUUAUUCUCCUUCGUGCUUAGGGUUGCUGAGUUUAGUUGGUAGGAAUAACACUAAUGUAACUUAUUUAUCUUUAGUUUAGUAAUACAUACACAACGUACAUACACAUAUACACAUACUACAUACACACAUCUACACACGACGACGGCUGGUAGUUACGAUUGUAACAUCCGCGUAAUUUACGAAUCCGUCGUAAUCCGUUACGAAGGAACGUUAUUUGUUCAGGGUAUUUUUCUUUAUAUUCUGUAUAUUUUCUUUCCUAUUAUACGUCAGUAAUACUUUCGUCAGAAUGCAACCAAAUACGCGCGUCUAUCUUGGAUCUAUCGUUGACUAAGUCGGAGCGUACAUCAUGCGACACAAUUAUCGCACAACGUAAGAGUGAAGCGAAAGCAUCGAUCGUGAUCUUUGGAAGGCUGGAGGACUUUCACCGAUCACUCUCGAUCAUAUCUACUUUUGUGGAUGAAUACGAGUUUUUAAUUGAUGAUGUGUUUCACGAGUGACCACUUUAUUUUAUCCACCAAUGGCUGUGAGCUUAAUGAUGCAAAAAAAAAAAACAAAAGAUUAGAUAAAACAAAUGCGAAUGCUUGUGCGCUUCAGAUAUGUUUGAAGUCCAGAUUUGCGAGCGCACGAGUCUAUCUUGCCAGAUUAAUUAUACAUGGAAGACCAAUGUUGCUAACACAUUUUACAAAGUAGGGCGGUCCUGAUACAUAAUGUCGAGACGAGCGUUUGUGCGCUCUCGUAAGAGCUUACGACUAUCACGAAUAUUAUGGGUGAAUUACUACUGCGUGCGUUAUCGUGUAAUUGUAUCAUAUUUUUAAUGUGCGUGAAUCGAUGUGAACAUUGUAUUUCCUCAAGUAGAAGGAUCAAAUGGAUCAUCUUAAUAGACGUGUAUUUUUCCAAGAAAAAACGCGUUACUUUCGUAAAUGAUCAUUUUUCGUAACGACGAUUUUUCAUAUAUGCAGAAAAUAAGAGUGCCGUUCGAAUCAAGCGUAAACUUCCAAUCUUUAAUAAUGAGUGAUCUUUAAUAAUGAGAGUUUAAUAAUUAAUUUUUUUAAUAAUGAGUCGUUACACCUCAGAGAGUACAGAACUUUUGAAAAUAUGUGCAACUGGAAAAUGGCACUUUAAUAUGAAUUUCACGAUCGUUCUCACGAUUCACCAAAGUUGAUCGGUUUUAAAUCAUAACGUUGCUCAUGUAUAUUUUUCUUAAUGACACUCGACGAAUUUUUACUACAAAUAUAAUUUUGUACUAAUAUAAUUUUGGCGUUCAAAAGAACGACAACAAUUACGACGGGUAAGUUCCACUUGGCGAUCACGUCGACGCGUAUUAUGUUUCUGCUUAAUAUCUAAUGAGAGACUCGCGCUCGAUGCGAUCGCCAAUAGCCGAUACAACUUACUCUCUGUCAUAUAUGUAUGUAAUAACUUAAAUAAAACGAACAGUGAAGAAUAAGUCAAAUGCAUAAUCGGCUACUAAUAGGCAUACUUUUGUAAAAUAUGAAAUUGCAUCGAGAUGUAUAUACCUGUACUAGUUUGACAUAAUCGUUGCUACAAUUUAUACUGCAUGUAUGAUACGAAUAAAAUAUGCUUUUCGUAAUACGUCUAA